GAGUGGCAUUUCAUAAAGCGCAGUCGUCGUUUGUUCUUUCUCUCCUUUCGCGGCUCAGUCUUACGCUUAUCACACACACGCAAACAUACAGUGCAAUGUUAUUGAAAUCUUUUGCAUUGUGUGUGAUAUUUGGCAUUUGCUGGUCGCACAGCGUUGCCAAUAAUUUGGAUCACUAUGUUUACGGAUCAUUGGAUGGCAGCACAAGCACAGAACGCAUCAAUGCAGCCGUGCGUUGCGUUAACGUUAAGCCACAAAGCUCAGUGGAUCUGCAGCAGAUAAUGGGCCUUUGGUACGGCAGCGAAAUCAUAAUGCACAGUCAAGAUUUUCCAGGCGUGUACGAGUAUGAUUCAUGCGUCAUCAUCCAUCUGACCGAUGUUACUGAUCAAGUGCAAGCCAGCUACAAUAACAACAAUUAUGGCUACACUGGCUACUACAACAAUCGACAACAAAUGCAGAACAACUAUCGCACCCUGACUAGCACGCCCACAUAUCAGGAGCACGACAACGAAUAUAACCGUCGGGCGCAGCAGCAGAACAUGAGGUAUCUGCGUCUCGUGUGGAGCGAGCGAGACAACAAUCUGGAGUACACAUUCAACUACACGGCAAAUGCGCCGAAUGUCUGGUCGAAUAUUGGCGAUCAGCGCGGCAGUCUGGCCACACUGAACUCGUACACCCAGUUCACAGGCACAGUGCAGGUGGGCAAGGCGGUCAACGACCACCUGGUGUUGACCUUCUGCGGCAACGACGUUAAGAGCUCCAUAUACACCGUGGUGCUCACACGCAACCGUUUGGGUCUCAGCAAUGAGGAGCUGCGCAGCGUCCACAACAUGCUCUCUCGCCGUGGCCUCAACACGGAGACCAUUCGCAAGGUCUGCAGUGGCUCGGCUCGCCUGAUCGUUGGUCUGCCGGCGCUGUUGCUGCUGCUGCUGUUGCCGCUGUUGGCCGGCAGGGGGCGUUGCCAUUGAGUGGGAUCGUCUGGUGCACAGGAACCGCAUUCCAGCCAUACUCUAUGUUAAUUUAUGCCUAAUCGACUUACUUAAGCCACAUGGAAUACAGUCACAGCUCGAUUAACCAAUUCUCUCUAGUUUCGAUGCCUUAAUUGCUCUUGUCUUGUUCCAAUUAAACUCAAUUAGUUAGCUAACUAACCGCUUGGCCUACCCUCUGCCCUUGUCUGCUCUGCUCUGCUCUCUGAACGUCGCGACGUCUAACUGUGUGUGGGCGUUAAAUGUGCUUUUAAUUCAAUUAUCAAAUCGUUACAAACAUUGUUUUCUUCUAACUUUUGAUUCCCACGCCACGGCC